CUUCCGGGAGACUCUCGCGGCUUAGAACCACAGACACAGUCUAGGGCGAGACGCGUGUGUGUGUGUGUGCGGCCGGUAGGAGAACCCCCCGACAGGCAUGGAUGCGGUGCCGCCUUCGCGCUGUCGUAUGGGCCAUUUUAGUCGCGGUUCCGAUCAGCCGACGGCCAACUCGGGCCAACCGCUGUUAACGUUAGCUAGCUAGGUGAGCUUUAGCUAACCCGUGUAGGUUGCUAAGUAACCGCAGCGUCGCUAAGCUCCGGGUUUAUUGUUUGGACAGGAUGGCUUCCAUUCGGAAUUCCCCUUUCUAGAUGUGGAGUUAACGUGUUCCACGCCAGAAGCUAACGUUACUUGGCAACGACCGUCCCACCUGACAGCACUGGUCUCUACGGCGCGUUUACGUCCCGCGUUAGCGAGAUCAUGUAGCUUAUUUAGCUAGCUGAAGAAUCGGCGGCUAACGCCUGCUAGCAUCCCCCCUCCACUGACGCCUGCUAGCAGUCCCGCAGGCCCCCUCCACUGACGCCUGCUAGCAGUCCCCCUCCGCUGACGCCUGCUAGCAGUCCCGCAGUCCCCCUCCACUGACGCCUGCUAGCAGUCCCCCUCCAUUGACGCCUGCUAGCAGUCCCGCAGGCCCCCUCCACUGACGCCUGCUAGCAGUCCCCCUCCGCUGACGCCUGCUAGCAGUCCCCCUCCGCCGAACCAAGCAGCCUGGUUAGGGAAUAGUGGUUCCUAGCUAGAUGACAAGUCAACUGAAAGUGGACCCCGGCCUGCAAUGUUUAGUCUGAUGGCGAACUGCUGCAGCUGGUUGAAACGCUGGCGGGAGCCUGCAAGGAAGGUGACUCUUGUAAUGGUGGGACUGGACAAUGCUGGAAAGACUGCCACGGUCCGAGGGAUCCAAGGAGAGAGCCCCCAGGACGUUGCUCCCACCGUAGGCUUUUCUAAGGUGGACUUAAAGCAGGGCAAGUUUGAGGUGACCAUUUUUGACCUCGGUGGGGGAAAACGGAUCCGGGGCAUUUGGAAGAACUACUACUCGGAGUCAUACGGUGUGGUGUUUGUUGUGGACUCCAGCGAUGUCCAGCGCAUCCAGGAGACACGGGAGACCAUGGCCGAGGUCCUCCAGCAUCCACGCAUUGCUGGCAAGCCUGUCCUUGUACUGGCCAACAAACAAGAUCGGGAAGGCGCGUUAGCUGAGGCAGAUAUCAUCGAGAGCCUGUCGUUGGAGAAGCUUGUAAACGAGAACAAGUGUCUCUGUCAGAUCGAACCAUGCUCUGCGGUCCUGGGUUACGGCAAGAAGAUAGACAAGUCCAUCAAGAAUGGCCUGAGCUGGCUCCUCAACAUCAUCGCAAAAGACUAUGAGGCAAUUGCAGAGCGCGUGCAGAAGGACACGGCCGAGCAGCGGGCCCAGGAGGAGAAGGACAGAAAGGAGAGGGCGGAGAGGGUCCGGCAGAUACGGGAGGAGAGAGAUAGGUUGGAGAAGGAAGAGGCAGAGCGAGAGGGCAGGCCGAUCCAGGAAGAAGAGCCUGAUGAUGAGAACAUGCCCAGCCCCUUCCAGCCUAUAGGCCACGUGAUUUCUGAGAAUGAGGACAAAGAAAAGGAGAGGAGGAGGCAAAGAGAGCUGGAGGAACGCAGGGCCAGCAGCCUGAAGGCUGGCUCUGACCAUGAGGAAGAGGAGGAAGAGGAGGAAGAUGAAGAGCCAGACAGCACAAGACAAGUGCCAGAAAAUGUCAACUCAGCUGAGUUGUCGGGCGAGCAGGCCAAGAAGAAGACGAGGAAACUGCAUCUGAAGAGGAAGCACCGUGUUGACCCUCUGAGAACUGAGGAUGGCCCAGCAGAGAGCCCCACCCCUCCACCCCCUCCAGUGGGAUGGGCCACACCCAAAGUUUCUAGGCUGCCUAAACUGGAGCCACUUGGAGAUUCGAGACAUUCUGAAUUUUAUGGAAAACCUCUCCCACCUGUUGCAGUUAGGCCACGCCCUAACGGCGACACUCACGAUGUCAUAUCCUAACCUCCACCGUCCCCCCUUUCUGACUGAUGUUGAUCCUCCCCACCAAUCAUGGCUUCUCCCCUCUGCUUUUUGUCUCAAGCACGCAGUGUAUAGACAGCCAAAAACACAGUCACUGCAAUGCACCGGAGGGUGUGGAGGCCAGGGAGGUUGAAGCCCGGGUGGACUGGCUCAGAAACAGAGAGGCAUCAUUGGAAAUGAAGUCUUUCUCUGUAAGCCAAGAUACUGUUUCACAGACAUCACAUGCGAGACAAGGAACCUACUGAAACGGUCUCCAUACGACUUCAGGAUCCUCGGAUGCUGAAAACAUCACUGCUAUAGUCUUCAACUUCUUUCUUUUUUUUUUUAUCAGUUAUGUCAGUAUUAGAUGGUUUGGAUCAAUUUUUUCCCCAGAAGAACUACUUUUCAUAUACAAAGAAUAUAAAUUUGUUUUAUCAUAACCAUCAGUUGUGUUUUUUUUUUAUUAUUAUUAUUAUUAUUAUAUGACUGUGUAAUUCAACAGACAUGUACAAGUGUCUGGAGUUGAGGUUAACAAAAAUUACACUUGAAUUGAGUUUGUCCAUGUAACCAUUUCUAUGUACACAAACAUGUGUUGUGUUAAUGCAGUACGCGAUGCUCCAAAUGUACUCUACAGCCCGCGGAGAUACGAUACAGAGAAUGUCAAGGGAACGACGGUACGGCCCUUAAUAUAGAGGUCUCAGUUGACCUUUCACCCUCUGCAGAGUUUCCUUUCAGGAGGGUGACCCAUGUGGAACUGGGAAGCAGCUCGGCACGCCACGUGGCGAGAUGACUAGAGUCAUCUGGUUGUCGUCGAUCGGGACCGUUUUUAUUCCUUACGUCUCACCACUUCACUUGAUUGCCUCCAAGUCUGUGUGACAGCGCACACAGCGUCACGCGCAGCGCGUCAGAAGAAACUACAUCCGAUCGCCGAUAAGAAAUGGGUUAUUUUUUCUACUGACUCUCCUGUGGGCACGCCCUCAAAACGAUUUUAUUUAUUGAAAAAUACUGUAGAAACGACGACCUUAUUUAACCCGCUGUAGUAUAUGUAGCCAAUGCUCUGUUUACAUCCUAUACCUUUUUUUCUUAAAGCCAUUCCUCAGGAGGGAUGAGAAUGUUGUAACACUGACAUGGAAAGAUGUUGAAGGUAACGGGGGCGUUCAAGGCCCGCUCCUCCUCCUGCGGCGGCCCUCACGUUCAGGCGCUCAUCUUUUCCUCCUCCUGUCUCGCAGUUGCUCUUUGAAGAGGGGGGUAACAUUACUUCCUGGAGGAAGGCCAAUGUAAAUCUAAAACUCACACCCUCUCGCGGGGAUUUUGUGUGUUGAUAGAGUUUACAAUCUGCAGGCGGGGGGAGGAAGGGGAGGGGGCGACUGCGAGUGGCUCACCGCAGCAUCCUGGACCUGCCGGUCCGGUGUUGGUUCAGGAGACAUGAGGUUAAUGCGUGCAACUGUAACUAAACGGGAUAUCAUCUGAAACAGUCCACGUCUUGUAUUUUAAGUCAGUAGAAGAAAAAUCAUGUGGAUGAGCUGGUGGUUUUCAUAACAUUUUUCUACCUGAUUUGAAUUUUAUAAUAACUGCACAAUAAAAAUAUUUUUUAAGUCUUGAAUGA